UGUGCCCUGCACAGGAAAACAAUCAAAAUGGCAGCGCCCUGUCGUGUUCUUUUCAGCCGUUGUCAAAGAUCACGGAAAAUAGCUAAUCAGCAUGCGGCACAAAGACUUAAGUCCAUCGUUUGCCCUUCAUCGGCAAGAUUGUUCUCAUCGGAAUCAACGAAAAAUAAGCAACAUCAGUAUGAUCUGGUCAUUGUGGGUGGAGGCAUCGUUGGCAUGGCAACAGCCCAAGAGCUGAUUAUAAGACAUCCAGAUCUCAAACUUGCUGUGGUUGAGAAAGAGAAUGAGCUGGCCGCUCAUCAAAGUGGACAUAAUAGUGGUGUGGUCCACGCUGGCAUUUAUUAUGCCCCGGGAUCUCUCAAGGCAAAGCUUUGUGUCAAAGGUUUGGACAUGGCCUACAAGUACUGUGAUGAGCAUGAGAUUCCUUACAAAAAAUGUGGGAAACUCAUUGUUGCUGUUGAUCCAGAUGAAGUGUCAAGGUUAGAAGGUCUUCUUGAACGAGGUCAGAAAAACGGUGUCAAGGAUUUGAGAAUGGUUGGACCUGAUGAGAUCAAGGACAUUGAGCCAAACUGUGUGGGUCUCAAAGCCAUCCACUCCCCUCAUACAGGAAUCAUUGACUGGGGACUAGUCACCAAAUACUACGGCAAAGAGUUUGAAAAACGUGGGGGCACUAUCUACACAAAUUUUGAAGUGACCAAGUUCGACAUAGCAGCAGAAAGUUCAGAAGAGGGAGGUUCUUCAGGCCUCAAUCACCCUGUUGUCAUUGAAGGGAAAAGCCAGGAGAACCCAUCUUUGAGCUGUCGCCAUGUUGUCACCUGCGGUGGUCUUCAUUCGGACAAACUCGCAGAAAAGUCUGGCUGUGACCCUGUGCCUCGCAUUGUCCCUUUUAGAGGAGAGUACCUGCUCUUGUCCCCAGAAAAGGAAGAUUUGGUCAGAGGAAACAUUUACCCGGUGCCCGAUCCGAGGUUUCCUUUCCUCGGAGUUCACUUUACGCCUCGCAUGGACGGUAGUGUGUGGCUAGGACCUAAUGCUGUGCUGGCUUUCAAGAGAGAAGGCUACGGAUACACACAGAUCAGCUUGCCUGACUUGGCAGAUGCUCUCAGUUUCAGGGGUCUCCGGAAACUGGCAUACAAACACCUGUCGUACGGACUAAUGGAAAUGUAUAAAGGCAUCUACAUAAGAGCUCAAGUAAAACAGCUUCAGAGAUUUGUGCCAAGUCUUCGACCAGAGGAUGUUUCUAGGGGACCAGCUGGAGUGAGGGCUCAGGCUCUGGAUCGAGAAGGAACACUGGUGGACGAUUUUGUGUUUGAUGCAGGCACUGGGGACUUGGGCCAACGCAUUCUCCAUGUACGCAACGCUCCGUCUCCUGCAGCAACUUCCUCUUUGGCCAUAGCAGAAAUGGUGGCAGACAGAGUGGAACAACAGUUUAGCUUGUAAACAAGAGAGUGCCUUACAAAAUGGAGACUUUGCUCUUUCAUGGAAACUUAUUCUCUUGUCUCUGUACUAUGCAAAGAAAACAUGAAGCAUACAAAUUAAUGGUGCAUAUUCGCUCACUAGAAAUCCAGCUCUUUUACUUUAAAGCGGGUUUUGCAGAAUAUAUUUUUCAUACUGUUAUUUCACUUUGUAUCAUGUAAACAGUACGAUUCUGAAAGGUGAGUUCAUAGAUGUGGUGAUUUUGAACAAACCGGUGGUAGACACAUAUAUGCCUCUUAUCUAAUCGAUGUGAUAGUCUUUUAAACUAUACUGCAAA